AUCAAAAUGGCUGCGCCCAUGGGACGGACGAUUUUAAGGACAGAAUCAUUUUUUAGAUGUGCAUAUCGUUCUUCCUUUUUUGUAAACAGAUUCCUUCCUGUCAAAAGGUUUAUAUUGUCUAAUUUAGGUUCAUUGUCAUACUCUACAACCGUUGAUGGAAAGGAACAUUGUAAUAUCGGCACCAUCGGUCAUGUCGACCACGGUAAAACGACGUUGACAGCGGCAAUCACAAAGGUGCUGUCUGAGGGACAGUCAAAGAAGAACAAAUUUGUGGACUACAACUCCAUUGACCGGUCUGUUGAAGAGCAGCGACGUGGUAUUACCAUAUUUGCCACACAUGUGUCAUAUGAAACUGACACAAGGCACUACUGCCACACUGACUGUCCUGGACAUCUGGACUUUAUCAAAAACAUGAUCACUGGAACAGCGCAAAUGGAUGGCGCUAUACUUGUGGUUGCGGCCACAGAUGGGACCAUGCCGCAGACCAGGGAGCAUCUGCUUCUUGCAAAGCAAAUUGGGCUGGAAAGGGUAGUGGUCUUCAUCAACAAGGCAGACCUGGUGGACGACGAAAUGCUGGAACUUGUGGAGCUAGAGAUUCGAGAUCUGCUCGAGGAGUUUGGGUAUGAUUCUCUGAACACUCCUGUCAUCUGUGGCUCUGCUCUCACCACUCUGAAUGGAGAUGAGGGGAAGUUUGGCAAACAAGCAAUUAAAAUGUUAACUGAAACUAUUGAUUCAUACAUUAAAAUACCAGAGAGAAACCUAACAGCACCUUUCAGAAUGCCAGUAGAAUCAGCCCUCAGUGUGCCAGGAAGGGGGACAGUGGUAAUUGGGACACUUGCUGAGGGCGUUCUGAAAAGUGGGGAAACAGCACAACUGCUUGGUUUCGACAAGAAGAUAAACACCACUAUCACUGAUCUACAGGUGUUCAAAAAGUCAGUGCCUCAGUGUAAUGCUGGGGAAAAUGUAGGGGUUCUUUUAAAAUCCAUAAGACAAGAACAGGUUCGGCGUGGAAUGUACCUCGUUAAAGAUGGUUCUGCCAAGAUGUCCAACCUCGUUGAGGCCCAGAUAUAUGUCCUGAAGGCGUCAGAAGGCGGGAGAGUCAAGCCGGUUUUGAACAGCUAUAUCCAACAGAUGUACAUGUCCAUCUGGCACAUGGAGUCCUGCAUCCAACUACAUGAAGGAACAUCCAUGGUGAUGCCUGGGGAAACACUCAAGACCAACAUUCUUCUUGCCAAGGACAUGGUGGUCAACGAGGGACAAAAAUUCACCAUUCGCGAAAACAAUGUGUCAACCAUCACAGGGAUUAUUACCAAAGUGCUCCCCCACUCAGAACAGACUAUCCCAGGGUUUAACUUUGUCAGACCUUUGCAGGUAAAAAUUUCUACAGGAAACACAGCAGUAACAAACAGACGACAGAAGCAGAAAAACAGGAAGCAAUAGUGAUUUGUUGUCAAGAACUUUGCUAUCUGCAAUGAGAUCUUAAUAUAAUUCUUUUUUAAGUAUGAUUGGUAAAUUAUAAUUGGAUGGAGUUAUAGGAUUUAUAAUUGACAAGACCUGUUAAGCAAGUUGUGCAGGAUUACCUAUUAUGAUAUGCCAUGAUAACUAUUUGUAAUGAAAAGGAAUAAUGAAUAAAGUUUGGUAUCAUAUCAAUGGGAAUAGCAUUUUGUAUUAUUUAUUACUUUUCAAAAAUUACAUGGCAGGGAAAAAAUAUUAAAUUGAAUUGUACAUAAUGACAGUGAUAUAGUAUGCUGCUAUAAACAGUUCUGACCUUAUACGAAGUAAAGGGGAACUUCACAAACAAAAAAACAGAUGUACAGACUAAACCCUAAAACUAUCUCAGACUUAUUAUAAAGAUAUUAAUCUUCCAAAAGUUUUUCCUUAUUCAGCCCUUUGUUUCCAAUUAUAAACAAUUCAUUUUGAGUUUAAGAAUAUUUAUUUGGGUAAAUUCACGUAUGAACAAUAAGUAAAAUAAAGAAUAACGGAUAGGAAAACAAGUUUGGCAAACUUACGGUACGUAAAUUCCUCUCACUGAGGUAAAAAUUCAAGAUAGCAGUUUUAUUUUUGAGUCCACAAGGAAAAUAAAAUACAGGUAAAAGAAUUUUACAAAAACUGAAUUUUUUUUCUAGAAAAUCAGCUUUUUUUCAAUUUCCAUGAGAAAGUGGUUCUUUAAUGCCCAUUUCAUCAUACCCAUUAUUAAUGUCUGCUUAUAAAAUGGAAAUUGAAAUUCAAUUGUAUUGAUUAAAUGCACCAUGACACAUAUAUUUACAGAUAUGUUCUAUUCACACAACUUUGAUUUACAGCUAUGUUUUUGUGGCUGCUUAAGUCCACACUGCCAAUUUUCCACAAGAAAUUUAAAGGCCCUUUACUGUCCAAGGAACUUCAGUAUGGUCAUUCCAAUCAUCAGACUUGGAAUUUUAAGUUGUAGAAAUCUAGGGUUUGGACAACAGAGGACUUUUUUCAUGAACUACAGUGAGAGCUGAACCAGGAAAACCAUAGAGACAAAGUGCUGCUUUGACUUUGGUUGUCAUUGCAAGAAAUGUCAUGUUCUUUUACAGUUAGAAUAAAAGUUUUGCAAAUAUU